AUGAGCUCGCCUGUCGAGCCUCUCUUGCCUAAAAUCUUCUUGGGCAAGCUGGAAAAGUUUCAACUCGGCGAUCAGAUCCAUGAGUUAAAAUACUACGGUUGCUAUGUCGAUGACAUCUUCGCCAUCGCCUCAGCAGCACACGUCUCCAUUAAGUUCACGUUGGAGGUGAAAAAGGCAGCUUCGCUUCCUUUUUUGGAUGUCUUCCGAAGUCGAAGACCUGACGGUAGCGUCCAAAGGAGCGUUUAUCAAAAGAAAGCCUGGCCCUGA